AAGGAGACUGGCCCAUAUGACAAUUUCAAAUGUUUCGUCGUCGCGUCCUCAAAAACAAUUUGAAUGAGAAAGCCAGAGGUCCCGCCCCUCUGACCUUUUCCAAUGGGAGGGAGGUAAGGAGAGAGGACGCAACAGGGCACUUGAGAUUCUUCCCGAGUCCUUUAUACAGAGUUGCGUUGACACAACACAGAGCAAGCACGUUUUUCCGUGUCAGCAUCGUGUAUUUGUGCUACAGGAGCGACUCAGACAGAAUCAUAGACAUUGAAUAGAAAAAAAACAACGCAAGGAGAGACACAGACAACAAGCUAAAAGCUGUGUCCCCACAGAAUCGAGCAAUGUCUAGUUUAAAGAAAAGAAAUUCGAAUUCGUCAGUUGACCGGGAUGUGGAAAACAAGGAGGUUACGGAGAAGAUGCUCUCUCCGGCCGGAGGGGAGAAUGGAAACUCGAGCCGAACGGGAGGCGCACCGGGAAGCCCGGACAAGGUAUCUGUACCCGGCGAAGAUAAGGUUGUCCUAGAGAGAACCAUUACCCUGGUGAAUGGCGUCGCUAUCAUUGUGGGUACCAUUAUCGGCUCGGGUAUAUUUGUGACCCCGACUGGAGUGGUAAAGGAAGCCGGGUCAGUCGGACUGUCCCUUAUUGUUUGGGCAGUGUGUGGAGUGUUCUCAACCAUAGGUGCCCUGUGCUAUGCUGAGCUGGGCACCACUAUUUCCAAAUCAGGUGGAGACUAUGCUUACAUCCUUGAAGUGUAUGGUUCCCUGCCGGCUUUCCUGAAAUUGUGGAUAGAGUUGCUCAUCAUCCGGCCAUCAUCGCAGUACAUUGUCGCGUACGUCUUCGCUACCUACCUCCUCAAGCCCAUUUUCCCUGACUGCCCAGUCCCCGAGAAUGGGGCGAAGCUGAUAGCCUGUCUUUGCAUCUUGCUGUUGACUGCUAUAAACUGUUACAGUGUGAAGGCAGCCACGCGGGUCCAGGAUGCCUUCGCUGCUGCCAAGCUCCUUGCCUUGGGCCUCAUCAUUAUUGUGGGCUUUGUGGAGAUUGGGAAAGGUGACACAGUCAACCUCCUACCAGAAAAUUCUUUCAAGAAUUCAAAUUACGAUUUUGGGAACAUUGGCCUGGCCCUAUACAGUGGUCUGUUUGCCUAUGGGGGCUGGAAUUACUUGAACUUUGUUACAGAAGAAAUGAUUGAACCUUACAAGAACCUGCCGCGUGCAAUCAUCAUCUCCCUUCCCAUCGUCACUGUGGUGUACGUACUAACUAACCUGGCCUACUUCACUACUCUGAGCCCAGAUGAGAUGCUCAGCUCUGAGGCAGUGGCUGUGGACUUUGGAAACUACCACCUGGGCCCCAUGGCUUGGAUCAUCCCAGUGUUUGUGGGACUGUCCUGUUUCGGCUCCGUCAAUGGCUCUCUCUUUACAUCAUCCAGGUUGUUCUUUGUGGGCUCAAGAGAGGGCCACCUCCCCAGUCUGCUGUCCAUGAUCCACCCCAACCUGCUGACUCCUCUGCCGUCACUCAUCUUCACAUGCCUGAUGACGCUGCUGUACGCCUUCUCCAACGACAUCUUCUCCGUCAUCAACUUCUUCAGUUUCUUCAACUGGCUCUGUAUUGCCAUGGCGAUCAUUGGCAUGAUGUGGCUGCGCUACAAGAAACCUGAGCUGGAACGACCAAUCAAGGUGAAUAUCCUGCUGCCUAUCAGCUUCGUCCUGGCUUGUAUGUUCCUUAUCGUGGUGUCCAUCUGGAAAACACCUGUGGAGUGUGCCAUCGGCUUUGGCAUCAUUGCCACUGGAGUGCCAGUCUACUUUAUUGGCGUUUGGUGGCAAAACAAGCCCAAAUGGCUCCUUCAAUUAAUCUUCUCUUCCACGGCACUAUGCCAGAAGAUGAUGGAGGUGGUACCACAGGAGUCCUAAAGAGGAGAUAAAUCGAUGAAGCCCCUCGUCACGGGAAACCCAGUAACUGCUCAUUUACCCUACCCCCUGCACCCAGUGUACACCCUAACUCAGCCCCUAUCGAUGUGUUCUUCAAGCACACUCCAAUCAUUCCCCCUGAUCUGCUAGUGCUGUAGUGAAGGAGAGCCAUGCUGCAGACUGGUUUACAUGUCAGAGCCCCUCCUUCAUUCCUCCGCACCAGGCAGGGGCACGGCCACCCCCACGCCACUCAUAGGCCGUUUGAUAAGUGCUGGGAUAUAUUCAGACAGGUUUUCACUGCAUAGUAUCCGUUUAAAAGGGCCAGUACAGUCAAAAACAUGGUGAUCCUGUGUUUUAUAUUUCCAUACUACGAGGUUGGAAUAAUACUGUGAAAAUGAUCAUAGUGCCCUUUUCGUGAAGAGCUAUUUGAAAAGACUACCUGAAAUGUCUGCUUGUUUGGUGGGAUGAAGCUUUGGCCUGGCUAGUGACAUCACCAGGCGGUAAUUUAGUUAAAAGACCAAUAAGAAAGAGAGUUCCAAAAAUCUCUGCCAACAGCUAGUUUUCAGUUUUCCCCUCUCCACUCUGAACAUUCCCAGAACAGUCAGUCCUAGCAAAAGUCUUGCUUGAGAAAUUGUUCUUUGCUAAGAAUCAUUUUUUUUUUUUUUUUUUUUACCAUUUUCAUUGAAAACAAUCACAGUAAGGUACUUAAUUGUUACCCAGAAAUGAUUUUCUAUUGAGAUAAAAACUGCUGCAUUGGACCUUUUAACAUUUUUGUUGAUUUGUAUUUUUGAAUAUCUUUGUACUCUUAUCCCACCAUGACCCACAAGUGUUGUUUUUAUAAGAAAGAUGUUACUUUUAUUUUUCAUAUUUGGGUUGCAGAGAGAUGUCCUCUCGUUCAAACUAUUAUUUCACUGAGGGUUUAGCAUCCGUGUGUUCAUGUAAUUACAAUCUGUGCUUUCAUGGAGUUGUGAUGGACACUUGUGGCCUGGCUUUUUGCCAAUUCCUUGUAGGCUAAAGCUAGAUCUUUUGUUCAGAUUUUCAUGGUAGACUCACUGUUUCUCAGUAGUUCUGCCAUUACCUAGUCAGGCAGUCAACUGCUUCCCAGUAGGGUAUCAUCUCUGUGUUGCCAUGGCUUCUAUUUAAAGUUCAGCACCUUACAGGCUGUAUAAUGCAGCCAUUAUGUGUUGUCAUCUGGGUGUGUAUCUAAAUAUCUGUGUAUAUGUGUUUUCUGUAUGCUUUUAUGUUUUCAGCUUUUGGGUGGGUAUUUGUAAAGAAUAGCCAAACAACAUGAAGGACCCACAAAUAACAUUUGCUUAAACUAGUGCCUCUGAUGAAGCCAAAGGUUAUUCAGUUCCCCGACUACAGACACAGUACAACUCAUCUGACCCCAGAGAAGCUGAAGACAGAGGUAGACAGGUAAAUGCACGUGUAACAGCGAUUGGAGGAGUGUCAGUGGUAUACUUCUUAUGUGAUGGCACUCCUCCCCUCGGCAUCUAUGGCAGACCAGACUGGUUCACUGCGCCUAGACUGUACACGUUGGAAAUCCCAGCUUGGGCAGUUCUUUUUUAAAUUCUUUGUAGAUAUGAAUUUCUACUUGAAUUCAUUUAUUUUUAUAGGUAGAUGCAGUGGAGCUUUUUUUAAUGCUGUCAAUUAACAAUUUUGUAAAUCCAGGUAAUUCGUAAAUUCCUAUGAGAUUUCUGGUUCACAAUUAUACCAAUACAGGUGACAUUUUAAUUAUAGUUAUUAUUACAACUAUUUCUCAUAUACAAGUUGCUUGUGUCCUGUGAAGGUCACAACGUCAUGGUUUUUUAAUACUGGCAUUAAGAGCCAGCGUAUGAACAUAAUAGUUGCCUGCUUGAGGACUUCAUUUGUUCUUAGAUCACGGUUAUCUUGUGGGUAUCAUCUGAUGCACAUUGCUACUUACUACUGUUAAGUUAGUGUUUUUAUAACAGAGCAGGUCGUAACAAAGGCCCCCGAUAGGAGCACUGACGUCACAGCCACUGUUUUUACCUACGACGGCAAGGGUGGCUAAUAACCUUAGAUAUUGGGUUAGAAUGGGCCGUUGUGCGUGAGGUCUAUGUGUCUAAGAAUAGGUUCAUAGCUGUGAAUAUUCUUUGUGUUUUAGUGUUUCUGUGCUUAUGUGUGUCUUGGUAUCCUACAUUAGAAAAGGUAUAUUGUAUGUUGUCACUACUGUCAGCGCACAACUUCAUAGAAGGAUUUCAUUAUUUUAGGGUGAUAAUGAUAUUUGUGCUGUAAAAGGUUUGAUGAGGUAUGGACCAUGGUAGUGGAAGAUGGGUAGUUGCCCAGUCAAAAGGGGGAGGCAUGCAGGGCAUUCAGAGUAGAGGUUAAAACCACAUAGUUUUUGGAUACAGAUGCCUCGGGGUGGGACAGUGGAGACAUAGGACAGGAGGUGGAAAGGGGGUUGGGAAGGUUGACAAGAUUAAUUCAUUGUUAUUCUUAUUAUUUUUGCUGAAAGGACCUGUGUUGUGUACUGUAUUAACUGAACUCAUCCUCCAGAAGCUUGUCCAGACCAGUGUUCCUCCACGCUGUAUCGUGACCGUGGUAAAGCAUAUGUUGUGCUAUAGACCACAUGGUUGCUAUGGUAACGUAUAAUUCAUGAGUCUGGUCUCCCAUCAGUUUCUCAGAGGAUCUGUCAUUGUAUUUAGAACAGCUGCAUAGCAAGCUAACACUCCAGCCAUCAGAAGUAAUUUAAAUAGUUCCGUAGGUUUAUUUAUUUAUUGUAGGAACUGUUAGCGUUCUCAUUUUUUGGGGGUCCUUUUUUUUUUUUUACAGGGCAUUUGUGAAAGUGCUUUAUGAAUAAAUCUUACAUUUUAUUCCA